CAUACAUAGAAAGGUAACAGGUAUUAUAUAUGGACUCACAUAUACACAGGCACUAAGUUGCAGUCGUUGCUGGUGUUGACUAUUCAUCGUUUACCACCCUUGAUGGACAUUGGGCCACCAGAUGAAGAAGGAAGCGAAGGAGGAGGUGGAGGUGGUGGAGGAGGCGGAGGAGGAGGAGGAGGAGGGCGGAGGGAGGAGGGGGAGGGGGAGAGGAUUACGAGAUUGAAGAAGACCCCGAGUACAACAACAACAACAACAACGGCAACAACGAUAACCAAAGUGACGAAGGGCUAGGUUCGUUAAGGACGGUUCCCUCGACCGCGUCAUCGAGAUCGUCCUCCGUGACGUCGUCGUCGGCGAUGUUGAGGAGGGGGGAAAACGAGGUCCGACACCGGAGGAACGAGGAAAGCCGCCGCCCGGUUCCCCGCACGCGUCUCACGGUCCAGUGCAAGUCGAAAUUCGAGCAGGACCUCGAGAAACAACCGGCCGAAUCCCCGUCCGUGCCAUACCUGGCGACCUUCAUCAAGUGGCUAGCCACGUUCCUGCUCGGAGCCCUCUUUCUCACUUCCCUUGUCUUCAGCCGCUUGUCAAUCAUAUCACUAGCUCAGCGGUUCAAUUCCUCACUGAUGCUCGGGGGCUCUGACAACACUCAGGUUUAUGGCGAACAGGAUUAUGUGGUAUUCUCCAUGUUACUGUUGCUGAUGAUUAUACCCCACUGCAUCACCCUGCUGCAGUCAAUAUGGGUUGGUGGUCUUGGAAGUCAUACCCCGUGGCCAGAUAAUAUUGGACUUGGAAUCAUUGUACUGACCAGUUUACUGGAAUCAACCGGGAUGUGCAUCUUCGUCUUUGGUUCCCUUGGUGAUGAAGAGCCUUUGUUCAGUGUAAUUUUCAUGAAAAUGAUAUUCUUCAUCACAACCGCAUACAACCUCUAUCGCUGCCUCAGCAUUGGCUUCUCAAGAAUCAAGAAAUGGUCCAUACUUUUCUUCAUUACGCUGUUCUUUGAACUCAGUGGCAUAGGGUUGGCUUUCUAUAGCCAUGCAAAUAGUUUAUCAUCGCAAUUGGAGGCAAAUAGUUUUUCCCCGUCCUGUCCCUGUUGUCACUCUCCCGCGCCUGGCUACCACCUCUCCAGAAACGGCAAGUCACCCCACGGAGCGUACCACAACGUGCAAAAUCGGGCCAAGAAGAAGAACCUCAUAUACAAGAACUGGAUAUCGAAAAUGCCG